GCUGCUAUACGCUAGCACAAAGUCCUAAGAACGAGGUACAGGUCAAUUCAUACUGUCAAUAUGCGGCUUCAUCCUCGCUCGAUCCUCCUUUCGGCUGCACUGGCGUGGUCAGUGACAGCAGCCCCAACGGAACAGGUGGAUGAUAAGAGAUCCAUCGUCGAGCGAGAUGGAAUCACCUACCAUGUGUUCGAGCAUGCAGCAACAGGUGCGAAGAUGGAGUUCGUCAAGAACUCGGGGAUCUGCGAAACCACCCCCGGAGUCAACCAAUACUCCGGGUAUCUGUCCGUAGGAACGGGAAUGAAUAUGUGGUUCUGGUUCUUCGAGGCCCGAAAUAAUGCCAGUAACGCGCCUCUUGCAGCAUGGUUCAACGGUGGCCCAGGUUGCUCUUCGAUGAUCGGAUUGUUCCAAGAGAAUGGGCCGUGUCAUUUCGUAAAUGGAGAGGAAACGCCAUCCCUCAACAAUAACAGCUUCAACAACUUUGCAAAUAUGCUCUAUAUCGAUCAACCGAUUGGGGUCGGAUUCUCCUACGGCGUAGACAACGCGACGAGCACGAAGACAGCAGCACCGUAUGUUUGGAAGCUGCUUCAGGCAUUCUAUGCUCAGUUCCCGGAGUAUGAGAGCCGAGAUUUCGCGAUAUUCACCGAGUCCUACGGUGGACACUACGGACCGGAAUUUACCCAUUAUAUACGGAAGCAGAACGACGCAAUCAAGACAGGCAUGGUGGAUGGUGAAAACAUCAACAUUAUCGCUCUUGGGAUCAACAACGGCUGGUUUGACAGUGCAAUUCAAGAGAAGGCAUACAUUGACUACGCAUACAAUAACACGUACAGGCAAUUGAUCAAUGCUACCCAGCGUAACUCGCUCCUUGACUUUUACGCCAAUGAUUGUCUGCCAGCAGUCGAGAAAUGCACUCGGAAUGGCUCCAACCAGGAGUGUGAAAAUGCAAGUACUACGUGCGGCAGUGAAAUCGAACAGCGCAUCAUUGACAGUGCAGACUUCGAUGUCUACGACGUUCGGCAACCAUCUAAUGAUCCUUAUCCACCGGCGACGUACUCCAGUUAUCUACAGAAGGCUGAUGUGGUGAAAGCAAUCGGCGCAAAGACCGCGUAUCAGGAGUGUUCAUAUGCUGUAUCCUCAGAUUUCCAAGGAACAGGUGACGUUUCUCGCACCUACCUAGACACACUUUCCGCUGUAGUGCAGUCUGGUAUCAGAGUUCUGCUUUGGGCGGGUGAUGCGGACUGGAUAUGUAACUACAAAGGAGUCCAGAAAGUGGCAGAAAUGGUGGACUUCCCAGGUAUAACCGAGUUUGGGAACGCGCAAUUGCAGUCGUAUACGGUUAAUGGAGAGAAGAAAGGCGAGUUCAAGACCGUCGAUAACUUUUCAUAUUUGAGAGUAUAUGGUGCUGGCCAUGAAGUUCCAUAUUACCAACCACAAACUGCGCUACAGGUCUUCGAGCAGACAGUUAAGAAAAUGGCCAUUUCAUCUACUUAGUUCCUUGGGCAACCUAAUGGCUGGUUAUCGCCACUGCUAACGAAAGGGUGGAUGUGUUAAUCGGCAGCGUGGGGGCCAAAAGAGCAGGAAAAACAAAUAUCGAAGUCCAUCAAGUACACGUAGAUCGCGCCUCGAAUGAAGUCUAUACUUAGCAAAGCUUUUCACCUAGUAGCUUAACGCUCU